UUUUGUUUAAUCAUUUUCAGGUGGUGUUGUACACUGCCACAGUAUUUGAAACUACCUCCUCUCCUUAGAAACCGUCAAGUGGUUGAGAGUACACCAGAACCUAAUGCGGCAACUUCAUGCCAUUCGUAGCGGCAUAGAUGGAAGAAUGAACAAACAGUGCGCCAUUAAGCGCUUCUCAAGGCGUUCAGCAAGCCGCCACAAAUCGGAGAUCCUAUAUUAAGGAGCAGAUGCACCGGGGUGGCGCGGGACAUUUGCGGUGCAAACAUUCUUACCGUCCACAUCCAUCAUACUUUCGAUGCGUCGGCUGGAGAUUCCUAGUUUCAGCUGGUACCCGAGCAGGCACACCAGUAGAGAUUCUGAGGUGGCCAUAGGGGAGAUGCAAAGGGACGCAAGGUGAUGCACGACGUUGACGACGAUGUCGAUAUCGGUAUAUCGCUAGUCCAGAUUAGGACGGGCUACGCAGCGUGGCUCUCGCGUGGCUUGCGUCUUGUGAUGAAGCUGAACCUCGUCUUUGCAUUCCAACCAUCCCACGUUGGUGCAAGUCCUCCGCUUCCCAUUGCUGCAGCUUUCGCGGUCCAGAUUCCGGUCUCCAAAGCCAUCGUUGCGCCAGACCAUGCAAUGGACUGCGCGAUCAUGAGCCUCAGGUACGCAAGGCCCUGGAGCCGUCACUCACACCAUGCGAUUGCGCCUCCACGGAUCAAGCCUGCAUCCAUCACCAGCCGCAAAGGCCUUCCAUCGACAUUCGUCGGGACGAGUUUCCUAUAUGCAAUAGUUUGGGUGGGGCACGGCGCAUUGCCGACGGAUCGCCUGCGGCCCACAGGCCUACUCCAGCAAAUCGUAACCCAUGCAUCAAUUGCUCGAUUGUUCGUUUCAGACUUGAUAUCUUCCAUCACGGCCUUGUUCGCCUGUGACUGUAAAUCCUGUGCCCGUCGGUUCUCCAAUGAUGUUGCCACUGCUCUUCUGAGAGAUUCCGAACUAAGCUCUUGGGGUUGCUUCCACACUCCCAUCCCAUCAUCAGCUGGACUUUUGGGCUAUGCUCGUCCGGUUUGGUCAUUCGCGAACGGAUUCCCCGUCCAAUUGUAGCAGUAGAUCGAUCCAAACGGAGCAAUGGACAACGCCGGCUGGUAGUCUUGGCUUACAUCAACCUUCAAAUUGUCUUUUUAAGGCACAUCGCCAGUUUGAGGUUACGGUGCACCCUUUCACCAGGCGUCCUGUGAAGAGGUAUAUAUAAUAUAGGAGGCCUUAGGACACCAUU